AGGUUGAGAUAGAGCAGGAGGAGAAUUUAAAAAUAAGCCAAAAGGGAAGCGAAAGGGAAAAACGCACAAGGGUCAGGUACUCCGCGCGGGAAUAAUGAGAAAUGGGAGAAGCCCACCAACAGGGAAGAAGAAGAAGAGGAAGAAAAGGAAGAAAGGAAGGAGCCGGAAAAGAGGAUCGCAGCGCGUGGCGAAUCUGCCAGUGUACCACUUUUCCACUGUGCCAAGCGCAGCAGGACAUAAAGAUCCCAGCCAAGGAGUCCCUGCCUUUUUUUCGUUACACCUAUCGUUAUUAUUUUGCUCCUCCGCAGUUUGCUUCUCAGCAGUUUGCUUCUCAGCAGUUUGCUUCUCAGCAGUUUGCUUCUUCCCUGGUGGCUCCUCCCCAGUUUGCAUCACUCCCCCGUGUUCACCUCGCCUGGCCCCACUAAAAUGAAAAAAAAUGCAUACCUCGUCCUGGUUUACGGCAUUUACUCCAUCCUCAUGUUUUCCCUGUCCCUAAGAAUGCAAAAAAAUAUAUUCAAGUACAUAACUCCCAUUUCGAAGAGACUGAAUUUGAGCAAGUUCCGGCGAAUCAAAAUUUUCCGGAGGAGGAGCCAGCGCAAGAGGGUGAACGUCUUCAACGAUGUUGUGAACAAGUACAUAGGACUGGACCUGUUCUUCCGAAAACUGAACGACGUGACGGACACCCGGGAAAAGCUAAACUACAUAAACUUCUUGCACAAAAUUGUGGAGGACAAGACCUGCGAGCAAUUGCUCUUCUCCAACAACCACAUAAGAACAAUUAUAUACCUACUGAAUGAGAGAUUUUUAAUACUAAAAAAAAAUGAAGAUAAAAAUGAACAGGUGGAUUACCAGAUUAUCUACAAAUUGCUGCUCAUAUUUAACAAUCUAUCCAAGCAUAAAAAUUUCUACCGAAUUAUAGUUAACGAUUUUACACAUAAAAAUGUGAAAAUCUCUCUUCUGUAUGUCAUUAUGAAUAUACUUAAUGAGAAGGAACAGACAAAUGAGACGUAUAAAGAAGCCAACUCUUUUUUUAGCUACUUCAUUUCCCUUUUUAAGAACAGCUCAGAUGGGACGAAGAGUCAGGGCCUGGAAGACGCCUCUGAAGGGGGGGGAGAGGCCAAGGGGGCAGGAGAGAAGAACCAAAUUAAGAAGGAAGACAUAGAGGAAAUGAAAAAUAAAAUAGUUUUUCUAGGUAAAAAUAUUCUGCUAAAAUUGAAGGAGGAAAAAAUGAAGGAAGAGGGGAAAUCCAAAGGGUAUAGCCUAACUGAUCAUGGGCAAGUGCUUUCCAGUGUGCCCUACGCAGAAGAGGAUUUCUCUCCAAAGGGUGCGUACCGAACAGCGGAGAGAAACAGUAAAGAAUAUGCCAACAACAGACACGACGGGGUAAACUCACAGUUUGAAAAAAAACCAACCAUGAAGGAGGAAUCCCCCCCUGAAGAAAAUAAAGAAGGGGAAGUAUUUAACCCUACAAAAGGAGGGAACCAAAUGGGGAGCCCUAAAAGGGCCAGUUGGGGGGGGCCCAUUGCCAGCCAUUGUGAUCCCCAUAAAGGGGCGAACUCUUUUCUGCAGAGCGAUCGCCACGUUGCUGGGGAGAACCCCCACCCGAGGGACGUGGCAGCCCAACAGGUAGGCGGCCCCACAGACAACGUCCUCUUCGUCCCCUUUUACUUCAACAAAAACGCAAAGGACAACAUUCUAACCAGCGUGAUAGUGCAGUUCCAAAACGCGAAUGAAGUGAUUGUGUAUAAGAGGAAGGCGCGUGGGGGGAGUCCAGACCAGGCAGGCGAACAGCCCUCUGCGGAGAAGCUCAGAAAAGGGGGCAGCCCAAGCAGCCAGAGCAGCCAAAGCAGCCAAAGCAGCUUAAGCAGCCCAAACAGCCAAAGCCGCCUAAACAACGCAAUCGAAUGGAUAGGGGACGAGUACAACUGCAACAACUACUUUGAGGUCCACGAAAACUACGCAGAAGACGAUGUAGACAUAUUGAAGUAUGAGAAGAACAAGCUCGGGAGGAGGUUCCACAUCAGGGAGGGGAGAAGCAAUGGGGACGCAGGGGGUGAGGACAAAACGAAUUCCACGGACGAUGUGCAUGAAGAAGGGAGAGAGGUGGAAGAAGAAGACGAACGAGAAGAAGACCUGCAUGAGGAAGGAGAGCAACAAGGAGUGGAAGAGGAGGAGGAGAUAGAACAGCAAAACGACUAUGAGGAAGAUUUGCAAAAUGAUAAACAAGACGAGAAGGAGGAAGACGAAAGCAAGUUUGCCCAAAAUAAAGUUAACAUCAUUUUGAGUGACUACAAUGUGGAAAUUAAAGAUGUUGAAAGUAACCCGGAGGCUAAGGCCAGUGGGGGCUCAGAAAAUAAAAGCCGUUUCCUAAAUAUGGGCUUACUAAUACUGAUAAGGAGAAAUGAAAGCGGGAAAGACGACCGACAGGUGAGUCCAAACAGGCAUGGGAAUACAAUUAGCGGAGAAAUGUAUGGGGCCCCCGAAAUGGAGGCGAGCGCCCCCUCUGUGGACCCUGAGCACGUUGCAGCGGAUAGCCCAUAUGGGGGGGGCACACCAACAUAUCAGAUGAAGCAGCCGCUCAGCUGUCUAAACUCGCAGAGGUACACAAACAGUGCAAAUUUGAAGCAAACACUUUGCGGAAGAGGCGAACCGCUAACACAGGGGUACGAAGAAAUAUACGUGAAACGCAAAGAAGGGGGAGAAGGGGGAGAAGGCUGGGGGAGGGGUCCUGCCAAAGCGGACAAGUACAUCCUCACAGGGUUCAUACAGUUCAACCUAGAUUUGUUGAAAAAUUUCAAAGUGAACAGUGAGGAUAAGGAUGGAGGGGGAAGCAACCCCCUGCAUGUUGGCAGCCCCUACCUGAACUUCUCCCUCGUGGAGAACUACAUCGAGUCGCUGUUCAGACACAUCAAUCUGAAUGACUAUUUCACAAACAAGCUUCUAAAACUGCUAUACGAAAUUUUAUUGGAAAAUAAAAACGCCGUAGUGUAUAAUUUAUACUACUAUACAAUUAUGAAGAAGGAUAAUAUGAAUAAAAUUAUAAACAUUUUAUCUAAAAAUGUGCAAAAUAAUUUAAACCGAGCAAACAUCACGCUCAUCCUGAGGAUCCUCUACAUCCUGUCCUUUCAGCAAGCCUUCUACAGAAACGGGUUAAACAGCCUGAAGAAAAAUGAAAAUUACUCCCUUGUGUAUAGAAAUGUGGCCAAAUAUAUGGAAGACAUAAAGGCAGGAAGUUUUAUUAAAGAGUUGCAAAAAUGGGAUAAACUAAUCGAAUGCUUAAAGGCCAUAACUCUCUUUUUCGAAAGUAAGUACACACAUCAGAACGCCCUUUACAUAUCCGAUGGGAAGAAGGAACAGUUUCUCUUGGAUAAUAAAAUUUUAAAAAAAAAAUUAAACAACAUUUAUAAUAGGCAUUUUAUUUGCGAAUAUAAAGACCUCAUCAUCAUUCGGAAAACGAACAUUUUGCUCAAGGCGCUGGGGGUGAAUAUGUUCGACCUCUACAACGAUAUCGUUUUCUCCGACAGGGAAAAGAAGCCCCAUGAUUAUUUGAUGAAGGAGGGUGAGCAGCGGAGGGGACUUUUCCACCACGUGGGGAAUGCCCUUUGGGGGUAUUUCGCCAAGGCCAGGCGGUACGUGGCGAGGCAGGCCCCGGAGGACGCUCUCCCCAGGGAGGACCCCAAGAGGGGGAGAAGUGACUGGGUGGGUGAGCGGCCGAACGACCGCGCGAAUGACCGGGCGAACGACCGGGGGAGCGCCCCCCCCGCGGAGGCCCAAACGCACGGAGAGGGCGCGCUCACACAGGAGCAAAAAAACCGGAAGAAGCGAACGUACAUAUAUGACCUGAACAGCAAGGAACAGAUAAGCGUGGACAAAUUCCGAAACUUGCUAAUCGCACUGAAAAAAAAAAAAAAAAGAAAGCUAAGGAUCUUGUGUCUGGACGGAGGCGGAAUCCGAGGGCUGCUCUCCAUAGAAAUAUUAAAAUGCAUAAAUAGCCAUUUGAAGAAAAACAUAUUUGAGUACUUUGACAUCAUCUGUGGAACGAGCACGGGGGCCAUCAUAUCCAUUCUGAUCGGCCUGGAAAGGGCCCACUUAAAUGAAGUGGAAUUUUUGUACAACCUCCUGAUUAACAAAAUAUUUCAGAAGGACAUGUACGCAGUGAGGAACACAAGAUAUUUGUUUAAGCAUUCCUACUAUGAUGCCAAUAUCUUGAGCAACAUUUUAAAUUCCUUUUUUAAAAAUAUGAAGAUGUUCCACUACAACGCGGAUUUCUUUACGCCCUACGUCUUCACCGUGUCCACUCAGAUGAACGUCACCCCUCUGCAACCGGUGAUAUUAAAAAAUUACACCGCCAACUUGGGGAAAAUUAAAGGAGGUAAGGAGGCAGAUGGGGGUGACGCCUACACGUCAUCCAAUUAUGACCACGUCGGGGAUGGGGAAGAGCAGGAAGGAGGGGACGCCGAGGGGUGGGACGGCCAGCAGAACGGUGAGGUGGGUGUGGAAGACGCGGAAGGUGCAAACGGUGCAAACGCUGCGAACACCGCCAACCCCGCCAACACCGCCAACACCGCCAACCCCGCCAACACCGCCAACACCGCCAACACCGCCAACACCGCCAACACCGCUAACCCCGCCAACACCGCUAACCCCGCUAACGCCGCGAACGUGUUGGAGAAGACCCCCCACACGAGCGACAUCUACGUCAACCAAAACAUAAACAGCGUGAGCAUUUACAAAAGCUUUUACAACAUUUUUGUGAAGUACGUGUUGAGGUGCACCACGGCCGCGCCCGGCUUUUUCAACUUCUUCUCCUUCGACAGUAACAUAUAUGCCGAUGGAGCCAUCUGCUUUAAUAACCCCACGUUGGUAAGCCUCAACGAAAUGAAAUUAAUCUUUUACAACUACCUGAACAGUCAGAAACGCACUCUACUCGAGAGAGUAAAAUGCUUUUUCUCAAAAAAAAAAAAACUGGAGGAAGGAAAAAAUAAGGCAAUCAAUCUGAAUGACUACAUUGACUGCAUCGUAAGUGUGGGCACUGGGAAAUUUAAGCCAAAAAAUAUAAACGAACUGAGCGAAAACAAAACGUACGACACAUUUCUGCGGUGGGAUGUUCUCUUAAAACAAAUCGUCUACUCAAUCACCAACACGGAAUUGACCCAUGAUAUUUGCAACAAUUUAUUAGAUAAAAAUAAAUACUUCCGAUUCAACUGCUUUAUUAAUAACAUCAAAUUGGAUGAAACUUCCCCAGAAAUUAUUAACAAGUUGAAGCAAAUUGGGAAGCGGUACUUCGAAGAUCACGCGUACAACCAGAAGAAGCUCAUCCAGUUGGUGGACAUUCUGGAGGACAGCCGGGAUAUCAAGGAGUACCAACAGAGGCAGAGGAGGGUGUGGGGGGAAUCCUACCUCGAUCGGGUGAAGUCCCAAAUUUCUGGCUUCCUCUUCCCCAGUCGGAGGGCCGUUGGCCAGGUUGGCAGCUCAAAUAAGGUUGGAAGCUCAACCCAGAGUGGAAGCUCAACCCAGAGUGGAAGCUCAACCCAGAGUGGAAGCUCAACCCAGAGUGGACGCACCGACGAAAGGGGGGGAGAACUGCCGCCUGCAUCCCCCCCAGGCAGCGCAGAGAAGACAGGCGCACAGGCCAUCACGCCGCGUACACCGCCGCAUAAUCAACAGCAUACGCAGGAUGAACGGCCCGCACGAAGCGCAGGCCCGUACCGAAACUUCAACUUCGGGCUCGUGGACGAAGGCGAAAAGUUCGACCUGAACAACAUCGAAGAAAUUCUGGACGUCAUAAACAGAGGCAACAACUCGGGCAGCAGCACAAGCGCCAGCUCCUCAAACGGGUUCUUCCACUACUUUAGCAACCUCUUCUACAGCAACAAUAAAUUUCUGAAGAAGCUAGAGAGCAUGCACAAGAAUAAUUUCUUCAGUAGGUCCAAGAGAGAAAGAAACAACUACGUCAAUGUCGUACCCCUUACAGGCAUUCGAGUGUUACUAAACGAAAUAUAUUUUAUCCUUUUGAAAAAAAAUUUAUAUUUUCACACCGAUGAGGGAUUCUCUAAUGUAGAAGAAGUGAGUAAGAAAAGCUACGACAUUAACAUUGAUAGGAUGAUUUCGUAUGAUAAGGUGGCUAGCUCCCAAGGGCAAAAGGGAAUCGUCCCCUCAGAUGAUUCCCCUAAUAAUGAGGAACUUUCAAAAGAUGAAACAAACACAGGUACCCACUCGAAUGAUAUACAUAAGGAAGGGAGUGCCAACCCUUUUGGGGACCCCCCACCUGAUGAGGACCCAAACGAAGGUAGCCAUCCAUAUAGCAAAAAGGACCCAUCCAGUGGCCCACACUCGAAAGGAGUUCAUGACUUUCGCAAUGAGAAACAGACACGUUGCGAACGGGGAAGUUUCGAACGGGGAAGUUACUACCAAUCUGAAGGUGCACACACAGACGAUCCCCUACGUGAGACACUUGUGAGGGACGAAAAAAUAAACGCGCCCGAUCUGGUGGACAGCUCAUCGAUAAGUAAAAAAAGACUGCUCAAAGGGGAUGUAAAAAUGAACUACAUAAACUACAAAUUUUUUAAAUCCAUGAGCACAGAAUCGACUGACGGGAAGAAGCAGAAUAUAAUACAGUUGCUCCGAAGUAUUUUUUUUAAACGGGAGGCGUAA